AAAAUGAGCAAGCAAUACAUUGUCACGCCGCGCGACAUUCAAAACUUUGAUGAAAACGAAGAAUUUGUUUUUGAUGAACCUGAAGUAACUUUUAAUGACGAUAUUUCCAAUGUUGUUGUUAUUGAUGGUUUACCAAUCAUUGACCAAGCCAAGGAAGAAGCUUUAAAGAGCAAGGUUGUUCAAAUUAUAGAAAAGAAAGCCGAAGCAAAGAUUGUUAAUUUUUAUAUUCCAUAUCAAGCAGGAAAGUCUAAAGGUAUGGCUAUUGUAGAACUUUCAACAGCAGAACAAGCUAAAAAGGUCCUUGAUGGAAUUGAAGGAUUUAAAUUUGCCAGUUUUACUCUUCACUCAAUUUCUGCAGCUGAAGUGGACAAGUAUCAAAAAUUCGACGAAACAACAUACCAACAACAACACAAACAACAAUCAAAACAAUACAAGGAAAGAGAUAAUUUGGUCAGCUGGUUGAAGGAUCCUAACGCAAGAAGUCAAUAUGCUAUUAGAUAUGAUGAAACUGUUGAUAUUUGUUGGAAUGAUCCACUUCACGUUAAAGAAAUUAUUUACUCUAAAGAAAGAUGGUCCGAUGAUAAGAUUGACUUUUCACCACUUGGUUCAUAUAUUGUUACUUAUCACGAAAAAGGUGUUGCCUUGUGGGGUGGUCCAGAAUUCAAAGACCAAGAUACUCUUUCACAUAGGAACGUUAUUAGUGUUCAAUUCUCACCAAACGAAUCAUUUGUUGUAACUGUUAGUGAAAGUCCAGCUAGAGCUGUCUUGUGGGAUUUGAGAGCCCAAAGAAAGGCCAUGUCUCUUCCAUUGAAGGAUAGAAGUGCUCUUAAAGGACAUGUUUUCAAGUGGAGUGCUGAUGAAAAAUACUUUGCCAAGAUGGGUGUAGAUUGUAUCCACAUUUUCGAUUCUUCUACUAUGGAAUUGCUCCACCAAAAGACAUACUCUGUUCCAGGUGUCAGAGAUUUUGCUUUCAAUCCUGUUGGUAAAUCUUUCAUGAUUUAUUCCGCUAUUAAUGAUACCAAUGGAGAAGGUUUGGUUACUUUGGUUGAUAUUAACAGUAGAUCAAUCAAGGAAUUGAAGUCUAAACCAUACUAUAACUCUACUGAUAUUAAGCUCAACUGGCAACUUAGUGGUGACUACAUUGCUAUUGCUACUAGUCGUGAAUCAACAAUUCAAAUGGAAAAGGUCAUUACAACUGCUUUCGAUGUUAUGAAAGUUAACCAAAAGAACUUCCCAAUUGAAGGUAUUGCUGAUUUUAAUGAUUGUGUCGAUGAAUUCGAAUUUGAACCAAUCGGAGAUACUCUCGCCAUUAUUCACGGACCUGGUAAUGUCAAGAAGUCUUUCAGUUUGUAUUCAUUCAAGAAUGCUGUUCACAAGCUCAUUAAGAAAUGUGAAGGAAAGACAAUUAAUAGAAUGUUGUGGAGUCCUCGUGGUCAUGAUUUGGUUCUCAUGAAUACAAAGCUUGUCAGUGUUACUCUCGAAUUCUGGAAUGCUGAAGAAGGUGAACUUGUUGGUACAGGAGAACACUUCUCUAUGACUGAUGCUUGUUGGGAUCCAUCUGGUAGAUAUUUCUCUACUUUUGUUAGUGCUGAACGUAGAUCAAAUGACAAUGGUUUCAUUAUCUGGACAUUCUUGGGUAAGGUUAUGCAUAAGGCUAACGUUGAAAGACUCCUCGAAUUCAAAUGGAGACCAAGAAUCAAAUCACUCCUCACUGCUAACAUGGAAAAGGAAGUCAAGAAGAGAUUACCAAACAAGAAGGUUGAAAUUGAACAAAAACUUUUACAAGAAGCUAAGGCUUUGCGUGAAGCUAAGCUCAAGAAGAGAAAGAGUGCUUGGGAUGAAUUUGAACAAGUUUUGGCCAGACUGAAGUCUCAAUACGAAAAGAUGAAACCAGAAUUGAUUGCUCUUAAGGGUUAUGAUCCUGAUGAAUUUAAUCAAGAAGAAGUUGAUGAAGUUAUUGAAACAAUUGAAGAAAUUGUCGAGUAAAUCUAACCUAUUUAUUUA